AUGAUUUUAGUGUCGUUAUCAGUGUGUGUGUUCGUCUCUCAAUUAAAUGCUUUAUCGACAACUUUUUUCCAAAACAUGCUAAAAUCAACGCUACAUCCAAUUGUGCGCACCUUUCAUCCAAAUCACACUGUAAAUACAGUUAUACGUUCAAAGAAUGCAAAUUUACGUUUCUACCCUUCUAGAGUAUUCUCCUCUUUACCCCCUCCCAAAGGCACCAAUCCAUCCCCUGAUGUGAUAAAUUUUGACCCGGAAACAAUUGAAUUAAUUCGCACUCUUUUGCAAACUCCGGGAAAUAGAAACAUUCUAAAAUUUAAGUAUGACGCUUCCAAGAUCGUCGACGAGGCAGCUGUUCUGGUGCCACUUUGCAUAGCGGAUCAAAAACCAAGUGUCUUAUUUACCAUAAGAAGCCUAAACUUAAAAACUCACAUGGGAGAA